UUUGGUCAAGGAGCAGAAUUCAAGAGCAUGAUCUUAAGACAAAUGUCAUGAUGUGACAGUCUUCCUGCAUGGUACUGGUGGUUACUGUGUCCGUGUUAAGAUGCCCCGACUAGAGGAGGUGGCUAAUGUUGUCCUCAGGGUGCCCAGCAUCUUGGUGUUGGAGAUGCUGUAUAAAUGUGACAUUGACAGCUUCACGGAUCAUCUCAAAGCGAGGACAGGAGACAUGCUCUUCAAGUACAAAUAUGUCAUCUGGAACAUGUAUUACUUGGGUCACAUAGUGAGCGCCGUGGUGCUGCUGUUGCCUCUUGGACAUAUUAUCCAGCUCUACCUGCAUGUUCUCUGUGCCCUGCUACUUUACAUGGGUCAUCAGAUUGUCAGAGAUUAUGUAAGAGAUGAACCUCAGUACGGAUAUGAUGGUGCGCUCUUUCUGGAUUCUCCGGCACUGAACCGUUUCGUGACUGCGCUCACCAGUCAGAUAAUAGUCAGCACGCUGUGUGCCUUCCUCAUGCGGACUCGACAUGUUUGGCUGUUCUCAGCGCACUUGCUCCCUCUUCUGGCGCGAGUGGUGUCUGUCCGUCUAGACUGGCUCCUCACACUCUCCUCCGUGGCCAUGAUGAUCACAGGGGCCGAGGUGGCCGUCUUCCUCCUCGCUAACUUCUUUGUGCCGUACAGACUGGCCAGAGCCGCUUACAGAGAGAUCAUGGUGAUAGAGGUGACUGAGUUGUUCAGACUGAUGGCGGUUGGAGUAUCUGUCUGGCAUGGCUUUGCUGUGCCUGUAUUGUUUAGUGUUUUCUGGUAUGUGCUGUUCGGAGUGCAACUUGUUACCAAUUAUGGCACCGUCACUGCUGUCCAACAGGGUCUGCUACUCUACUUCCUCACCAGUGUGUCUGAAUGCUGUGCUAGCCCAUACUCCCUGCUUGGCUUAACGUUUGUGGUGUCUUAUACGGCACUGGGACUUCUGAGUCUCUGUAAGGUCUAUCUUGGAGGAUUCAGCGCUCUCCAGAACCAUAAUGUCAUGCACAGGGGUGUGACAGAGGGAGUGACUCUGCUGCUGCUGGCCCUGCAGACUGGGUUGUUGGACAUGGCGUCUCUACAGCGCUGCUUUCUGCUCUUUAUCAUCCUCUUCAUCAUUCUCAUAUCUACUCUACAAAGCAUGAGUGAGAUCACAGAGCCUGUUGUGUUGGGGCUCGGAGCUAGUAGAAACAGAAGUGUGUGGAAGCACUUGCGUGGUUUAUCUAUGUGUGGAUUUCUGCUGGUAUUUCCGGGAUUCAUGGCCUACAAGAUCUCCCAGAUUUUCAGCAUGGAUUUCUGGCUGCUGAUCUUGGCCUCUAGCUGUAUGCUCACCUCACUGCAGGUGACAGGCACUCUGCUGAUCUACAGCCUGUUCAUGGUGGAGGUCUGGCGCGGUGCUGCCCUGCCUUGCUUUGAUGAGAUUGUUUAUUACGUGAAUGGAGUGUGCCGUUUGCUUGAGUUCGCGGUGGCUGUGUGUGUGGUGGCAUACGGGGUGUGGGAGUCACUGUGGGGAGAGUGGAGCUGGAUGGGAGUGUCGAUCAUUAUCAUCCACUCCUACUGCAAUGUGUGGCUACGUGCCCAGUCUGGCUGGAAAAGCUUCUUGCUUAGACAGGAAGCUGCUCGCAAAAUCAGUGUACUUCCACGAGCCAGCGCAGAGCAGCUGCACGACCACAAUGAUGUCUGUGCCAUCUGCUUCCAGGACAUGACAUCAGCGGUGAUCACAUACUGUGAUCAUUUCUUCCAUGGCACCUGUUUGAGAAAGUGGCUCUAUGUGCAAGAGACGUGCCCCAUGUGCCAUGCCUCCAUCAAACCCUCCUCGGCUAAUCCCAAAGCUGCGGCAGAUGAAGCUCCACCGACCCACCGAAACCCACCUCCAUCAGAGCAACCGCCUUCUCCUGAGACCCAUCAGCAGGAGGAGCAGGGAUCACAGGGAGACAGUGUUUACUCUGCAGAGACGAACUGUGAUGAGUCUGACAAUAAAUACUCAAACUCCGAGAGGAAUUGUAGCAAGGAGAGUCUCCAACACUUGCGCUAUGGUGCAAAUGGUGAUUCUGAAGGUGUGGCAAGUACUGUACCCUUUUGCUUAUCAGAUGGAGAACCUGAAGUAGCUUCUCAGGAGCUUAGGGAAGCAGACUGAAACGUAAGCUCAGUCAGAGAAGCUUGCAUCAGAGAAACUGCCAUGGCAACAACAAGACAGACUGA